AUGGAGAAUAUGAUGCUGCGAGGCAAGCCUGAGAAUUUUCGGCGAAGGCCUAGAAGCCCCUAUCUUGUGACUCCCAAGCCUCCUCCGGAUGGCUGCCAACACAGUCCGAGAUACGAAGUGUGCAAGUAUGCUGCUCCGUUUGCGUGGAAAUAUCGAGAGUACACGCCCAAUCAGAUUUACACGGAAUGGAUUCCGCGUCUCUCGCAAGACGUCAUCUCCGCAUUUCAGUCAUUUAUCAGACCCAAGAAGAGUCGAUGCCUCUGGCUCGAGGGCACAACUACGGCGGAAGAAAAAAGCAACAUUCUCAGCAGCGCAAAGGGAUCUGGCAUCCCCACCGUUACGAAGUGGUGCAAAAAAGGAGCGACGAUGACGAUUGUGUAUGACCUUAUCUCCCAGUUCGCUACCCUGCUCCCAGAGAACUUCGCAAGGGGCCCCGCACUAAGUGAACAGAAUCUAAAAGACAUUCACAAGAGUAUCGACGUGGCUCUGGAGGUCUUGGAUGCGCUGCUGGAUCUUGCACCAAAGGCUUUGCUGUGCUUCAUCAACAACUUGGAAGAAGUAGAAACUGACGACACCGUGGAAGAGCUGGGAAGGCUUGUAGACGUUCUACUACGCAAGAGGGAAGGCAAAAGGUUUAAAUUACUGAUGCUUACAUCUGAGAAUAGUCGCGUCCUUGCAGAAAGGCUAGAUGCCUUGCAUCAUUUAAAAGUUAACUUGAUACUUGAGUGGGAGUAA